UCAAGUAUCAAUCAUUCACCAGUCAACGAACACGUAUACUGCUACUAAAAAGAACAUAAAUAUAUUUUUUAAAUCGCCAAAAUGAGUGAUUCCCUCGCGAUCGUCAAUCCCGAUUCUCCGCCCGAAGAGAAACUCGAUAUCGAUAUUGUCUCAAAGGAUCAGGAGGAGUUGGCCAAACGGCAGCUAACCUUUGAGCUCUUCUCUCGCUUUCUGGAAUGUACGGAUUUCGAUAUGAUCGAAAAGCGAGAAAUUGAUCAAACAAUUAUCGUAAAGCUAUUGGAAAGCUUGGACUCGAAGGAUGAGGGAGAGCGCGAAUUUACAAAGAUUCUCUUGCGUCGCAUCUACUUUAAGUUUGACACAUUGCGGCCUUAUAUACGACAUGAGGUUAACAACGUGUUCUACCGAUUCAUUUACGAAACGGAAAACAUCAAUGGAAUAACUGAGCUCAUGGAAUUUCUCAACGAGGUAUUCCGCAAAUGUAAUGAUCUAUCGAUCGACGAACAAAAACACUUGCUGAUCAAGAUCAUUGUACCACUGCACAAAGCCCAAUCCCUAAUUACAUACUUUACUCCUAUGAUGAAAUGCACUUUACAUAUGCUCCGCGAGAACUUAAAACUUCACGGAGAUUUUAUCAAUGGCCUGCUUAAAAUCUGGCCCAUGGUAUCCUCGGAGAAAGAGAUGCUGUUCCUGGACGAGAUCUACAAAGUUAUGGAAAAGAUUGGUAAGGAAGAGUUUCAGCAAAUCCAGCUUCCGAUGUUCCGCCGGAUUUCAAAAUGCUUGGCGAGUCCCCAUAUGCCGGUUGCUGAGAGGGCUCUUCGUAUGUGGAGCCAUGAGAAUAUCGUGACACACAUUAUAUCCAACAGUGAGGUCAUCUUGCCCAUCAUUUUCCCGUCCCUGUAUUACGUCAGCAAGGAUCACUGGAGUGAUGAAGUAAGGGAUCUUGUCUAUAGCAUUUCCAAGUUGUUCCUGAAGAUGAACGAGAAGCUGUUCAACCAGCUGAACAAAAACUUCAAGUCAGAGCGCGAAAAGGAGAAAGCUUUAGAGCUCGAACGCGAAGAGCGAUGGAACAAGGUGAAGGAAAUGCAAUCCAAGCGAUCCCUUUGCCUUUCGGCCGACAUAAAUCUUAAUUCAGGAUUGGACGACCAUUUAAUGGACUGAAAACCCAAUUUUAAAGUCUAAAAUUUUGAAAAUAUGAAAACUUAAAUUUCUUUGUUAGAGCUAAAGCUAUUUUAAU